GCGGGACACAACGGCGAGUUGAGGGAUCAUCGUCGUUGGGGCGGACGCCAUGUGACACCUCUGCCCCUGCUGCUGUGUCUUGGGGUUCAAUGGAGUGCACGUUCUGGGGGUUUAGUUCUAGGGAGGCAGUGGGUGUGGCAGUCCAGGGAAACAGCCAAAGUCGUAGAUCCACGUUGUAGACCGCUCCGUGUUUGAUUCCUCACUACGGAAGCGUCCUGCUCCGGACAUCCUGAGCCCAGGUGCCUCCAGCUCAGUGCAGCCAUGAGUGCGGAGGUGAAGGUAACAGGGCAGAAUCAGGAGCAGUUUCUGCUCCUGGCCAAGUCGGCCAAGGGGGCAGCUCUGGCCACGCUCAUCCACCAGGUGCUGGAGGCGCCUGGUGUCUACGUGUUCGGGGAACUGCUGGAUAUGCCCAAUGUUAGAGAGCUGGCUGAGAGCGACUUUGCGUCUACGUUCCGACUGCUCACAGUGUUUGCUUACGGGACAUACGCUGACUACUUAGCUGAAGCCCGGAAUCUCCCUCCCCUCACGGAGGCUCAGAAGAAUAAAUUGCGACACCUAUCGGUUGUCACCCUGGCUGCCAAAGUUAAGUGCAUCCCGUACGCAGUGUUGCUGGAGGCCCUGGCCCUGCGAAACGUGCGCCAGCUGGAAGACCUGGUGAUCGAGGCGGUGUACGCCGACGUGCUUCGUGGCUCCCUGGACCAGCGCAAUCAGCGGCUGGAGGUCGACUACAGCAUCGGGCGGGACAUCCAGCGGCAGGACCUCAGUGCCAUUGCCCGGACCCUGCAGGAGUGGUGUGUGGGCUGUGAGGUGGUGCUGUCGGGCAUCGAGGAACAGGUGAGCCGUGCCAACCAGCAUAAGGAGCAGCAGCUGGGCCUGAAGCAGCAGAUCGAGAGCGAGGUGGCCAACCUUAAAAAAACCAUCAAGGUUACGACAGCGGCCGCAGCCACGUCUCAGGACCCGGAGCAGCACCUGACGGAGCUGAGGGAACCAGCUCCCGGCACCAACCAGCGCCAGCCCAGCAAGAAAGCCUCGAAGGGCAAGGGGCUCCGAGGGAGCGCCAAGAUCUGGUCCAAGUCGAACUGAAGGGACGGCCGUUUCUUCCCUGGAGACGUGGGGUCCCCGCUGCCUACCUGCCUCUUAGGAGUCCUCAGAGAGCCUUCCUGUGCCCCUGGCCAGCUGAUAAUCCUCGGUCCUGCCCCACCCCUGCCCAGCAGAGCCCGCCCGUGGGGAGGAGGCGCGCACAGGCCGUGCUGUCUGCACUCUCCGCCCUCCUGAGCUCUUGUGUCUCGUUGCUCCCACCCCUGCCGGGCUGUCUCCCAGAUUUCUUAAGACCUCAGCGUCUGUCCCUGGUCAUUGCAUCCUCCACUGAGUAGGAGGUGGCCCGGAGGGGGCUGCUCUGUCUCUAGCAGAAGGUGACACAGGUAUCCCUCCUCCCCCCAUCCCUGCAUGCCUGCCCCCCAGCACUCCCUACCCCACCGACGGGCAGCAUCGAAGAGCCUGAGAGUCCCGGGAGCCGGGCCGCCAUUCGAGGAGACCGGGCACCCUCAUCCUGGAGCCCUGUCACGCUGCAGCUGUUCCCUCUCUUGGGUCCCGGGAGUGCUGCUGCCCAGUGACCCCAGGGCCUGAGGGUGACUAUUUCCUCGGAGUUUGAGAGGUGGUUCUCUCUCGACCUGGCCACCAUGGAAAGCCUGUUGGCAGUCCUGAAAGGGUUUAUAUCUCCUCCUGUGAGUUCGGUGGGGAAGCGGUAUAGAUUGUAUUAAGAAGAAGAAAGAAAAGGUAUAUAUGCAUAUAUCUAUAUAUAAUAUGACACAAAUAAAUCUAUGAGAGGUCUAUCUGUAAA